AAAAGAUAAUUAAUUGAUGUGUAGUUUUAACUUUGACUAAUUGUAAUACAUGCAGAAAAUAAUUAAUUCUCUUUUCCACAAUUUAUUUGGCCCCUUUUUUCAUUCCCCCCACCCUCCUCCCAAUUUUUUUUUCUAGCAGUUGUUCCUCUCUUUUUCUUCAUUCACAUGGUUUUUGAUAGACAGAAUGCUCAUUUUGCUGUUGGUGUUUUUGGAAGCAUCAAUGCAUUCAUCUUGUUGCUUUCACCCUUGCCUACAUUUAUUCAUACAUGGAAGAAGAAAUCAGUGGAGAAAUUCUCACCAUAUCCAUACAUUGCCUCAUCCCUAAACUGUGGCCUUUGGCUUUUAUAUGGACUUCCAUGUAUUCAACAAGGAGCCAUUCUUAUCAUGACCAUUAAUGGAAUAGGACUUGCCAUUGAGACGGUGUACUUGAUGCUAUUUUUGUUGUACUCUAAAAGGGAUAAAAGGAUGAAAGUUUUCUUCAUCUUCUUAAGUGAAAUUGUGCUCAUUGGUUCACUUGCCAUUCUUGUCAUAACUCUUGUCCAUAGCCACAAAGAAAGAUCCACAAUUGUUGGUACCAUUUGCAUGGUGGGAAAUAUUUUGAUGUAUGCUUCUCCUUUGGCCAUCAUGAAAUUGGUGAUAAAAACCAAGAGUGUGGAGUACAUGCCCUUCUUCCUUUCCUUUUUCUCCUUUCUCUGCAGCAUAAGUUGGACUACUUAUGCCCUCAUCCGUCUCGAUGUCUACAUUCUUACAGCAAAUGUGAUAGGAACAGUGCUGGGCCUAGCCCAACUGAUGCUCUAUGCUACCUAUUACAAGUCUACUAAGAGACAGAUAGCAGAAAGACAAGCCCAAGGAAAACUCGACCUGGUUGAGAAGACAGUCUCUGAAGCGGUCCAAAAGACGAGCAACGAGGCUAGUGUUUAACUUAAUUUUGGAAGGCCCAUAUUCUAAUGAUUUUGGGUCAUUAGCCCAACUUCUAUGGACAUUUCCAUUCCUAGCUCCCCCACCCCACCCCACCC